AUGGCUUUGAUGACAUUACGAAUAUUGCGUAUGUCCAUGAUCGUUGUCAAGGAAUUUACACAGCCUGUUAAAAAAUUAUUUGUAAAUGUCGCCCAACGCAAUAAAUUUUUUCGCAAAUAUAUUAUCAAACCCCCGGCCCGUGGAUACCAUUGGUGUGAGAAAUCUCUCCAUAAGCUCAUAUCUAAAGAUACGCAAUUGGAACAACUAACCGAAGAAGGAACCAUUGAUUUAGGUGCAGCAAUAUGGGCGGAAUUAGUGGUAUUUUUAGGAUGCUCAAAAGUUUUACUUGUGGAAACGAAUAAACAAAUAAAGCAAAAAGAAAUGGCAGAAGAAGAAUUAAUAAAACGGGAACAAAAUAUAAACGAGUCGGUGGAAAUUUUGCAGAAUAUAUUAAAUCAGCAGGCUAUUUACAUUGAACAAAUAAUAGUCGCCCUUGAAGAACUUGGUUUUCACUGGUGUGAAGUUACGCUAAAGAUGUUGCUAUUGAACUUAGGUCGACCGGUUAAGGUGGUGCCUCUCAACGAAGCAAUAGCCCUUGAAUUGGGCGCUGAACUAUUGGGAGAAUUAAUUGUAUUCGCAGUAGCAGCCGCGGGUUUGAUUUUUGAAACUAAAAGGCAAGCUAAGAAAAGAGAUUUUGAAAUUAAAAGUGUGAAUGUCACCAGUACAGAUCUGAUUGAAGCAACAAAAGUAUUAGAAUAUCGACAGCAGAGGCAAAAAAUGUAUAUUCAGGAAAUCGCGCAAGCUUUGGCCGAACUAAAUAGCCCCAUCAAUAUAAACGAAUUGGAAAAACAAAAAACUGUGCAAGAAAAUAAUGACAAACUAUUUGAAUAUAUGUUAUAAAAGUGCAUAAAGCAAAAAAUACUCUUUAUAUUAUCGUAUGUAUUUAAAUUUACAUAUUUUCAUCAAUAAUUUAACUCCACAAUAUCGAAGGGAGCAUUAAACAGAAACAUCAUUUAUAAUAUAUUAUAGUAAAUAAAAAAUUCCCUUUUGUUUGCUGUUUUUUUGCGGUAAUUCACAUCAAAGAGCAGACAAUUGCGUAAAUGAAGAACUCUUUAGGGAAAUGAGUCACAGAUUAGAAGCUGCUACCAAAUGUCUAGUAUUUUUACAUAAUAAAAAAAAUUAAUUUUAUGUACAUUCUUUGCUAUAUAAAAUAUUUAUGUAUGGUAAGAAAUUCAUUAACUCAAAGACUCAAGUUCUGUACUAAUAAUACUCUGCUGAUUAACAAGUUUUUGCUCUUAGCGUAUUGCUCAGCUCGGCUUUGCUUAUUGUGCGGACUGAUUUGUCUUUUUUGUUAUCUCUCUCUCGACGCGCAUCCAAUUGGGGGGAUCUUUUUAGGUUGAAGCUGUAUAAUUUCAUUUAGUUUAUUGUCUGAAUGUAAUGCUGGCUUUCGACAACCUUCGCGUUUGUUUAUCAUCGAGCGUCGUGUAGUGCAGACGAUAUAAAGCCAAACAAUCUCGUCCACAGUGUUUCAUGUAGUUUUGUUAACAAAUUUGGGAUAUCAAUAGUUCGACAAUUUUGCGAAAUAUUCAAUUUAAUUUCAAAAAAAAAAAGAAAA